ACAGACUUUCAAGGAGAAAAUAGAGUGAAAGAAGUAUAAAAGAGAACAGUAUGGAGGGAAAUACACAGAUUGACACUUAAAAUGGAAGGAAGUUACAGAGUGGAUUACAAACCAGAACCCAACAAUAUGUUGUUUACAAGAAAUACCCUUGGAACAGAAAGAUCCACACAGAGUUAAAGUAAGGGGCUGGAGAAGAAUCUGUUUUGCUUCAGCUGAAGUAAAAAAGGCAGGGGCAGAAUCUUGGUUAAAGUAAAACAAAAAUAGGUUGAAUUUAAAAAGAUGUUCAUGCUCUUCCGCCGCCUAAUCCGGCUCCAUACAACGCACCACCGCUGCGACUCCCUCUCCGCGCCACCUGCCCCCAGCCGACAGCCCCGCCGCCAUGGAGGACGUGAAUGAGUACAGCAACAUGGAGGAGUUCGCCGAAGGAUCCAAAAUCAACGCCAGCAAGAAUCAGCAAGACGACGGUAAAAUGUUUAUUGGAGGGCUAAGCUGGGAUAUGAGCAAGAAAGAUCUCACUGAAUACCUGUCUCGUUUUGGAGAGGUUGUAGACUGCACAAUUAAAAUAGAUCCCGUCACGGGAAGAUCGAGGGGAUUCGGAUUUGUGCUUUUCAAAGAUGCUGCCAGUGUCGAUAAGGUUCUGGAACUUAAAGAACACAAGUUAGAUGGCAAGUUGAUAGACCCCAAAAGGGCUAAAGCUUUAAAGGGAAAGGAGCCCCCCAAAAAAGUAUUUGUCAGCGGACUGAGCCCAGAUACGUCCGAAGAACAAAUCAAAGAAUAUUUUGAAGCAUUUGGAGAGAUUGAGAAUAUUGAACUUCCUAUGGACACAAAAACAAAUGAAAGAAGAGGAUUUUGUUUUAUCACAUAUACAGAUGAAGAACCAGUAAAGAAAUUAUUAGAAAACAGAUAUCAUCAGAUUGGUUCUGGGAAGUGUGAAAUCAAAGUUGCCCAGCCCAAAGAGGUAUACAGGCAGCAACAGCAACAACAGAAAGGAGGGAGGGGCGCUGCAGCUGGUGGACGGGGUGGGACUAGGGGUCGUGGCCAAGGUCAGGGCCAAAACUGGAACCAAGGAUUUAAUAACUAUUAUGAACAAGGAUAUGGAAAUUACAAUAGUGCCUAUGGUGGUGAUCAAAACUAUAGUGGCUAUGACGGAUAUGAUUAUACUGGGUAUAACUAUGGGAACUAUGGAUAUGGACAGGGAUAUGCAGACUACAGUGGUCAACAAAGCACAUAUGGCAAAGCAUCCAGAGGGGGUGGUAAUCACCAAAACAAUUACCAACCAUAUUAAAGAAGGACAUGGAGAAAACAGGUGCAGAUGCUACAGCAACCUUAUCUUGCAGGAUGACGACAUUGAAUGGAGAGUGGUCUUCUAUUGAUCUGAGAUGACUAUUUCGUAAAAGACUUGUAGUGUACAUGACACAACUGUGUCCAAUUGUAUAUAG